UAUCUCUCAGCGCCCUAUAAAAAACAGGCAGAGUCGCUGGCGCUACCGGGAUCAACUGAGACGCCGACACUCUAGGGACUUUCUCGGACAGGGCAGGCGAAAUGAAGGGAGCCGUGGUUACUUUUCUCGCACUUUACGUCGUUGCAGUAACCUGCUCGGCACACGUACUGUCCCAGGAAACGAAGAAAGCCGAGGAAGGUGGUCUGAAGGUGAACUUGGGAAAGGAAGUCACACUUGUGGGGGAGAUCCUGGUCGAGACAGCUGAAACGCUCGCCAAGGACGACUUGAAACAGGAUGACGAGUACUUCCUACGAGAUCUGUGGGAAAAGGCGAAGGAUACAUUGAAGAAUGCUGGUAGAAAGAUCCACGAAGUCACAAAGACUGCUGUAGGGGACAUGAAGACAGCCAUGGAACAGGCCACUAGCAGGAUAAGGGAGAAGGCGAUUGAGAAAGCUAUGGGAAUUCUGGCAAAGGUUAUGGGCAAUGCAAUGGAGUCGUACGCUGCUGAAGAUUCUGGCGCGGCGACCCAAUUCCGAAAUGACUUGGUUCACAGGCUUAAGCGCACUGGCGAGAAGUUCAUUGCCGCGGGCAAGAAGCUUUCAGGCCACUAAUGCGGUGAAAUUAGAGGCAAUUAAAACGUGAAAAUUUAAUAAAGUAUUAUUCACAUUGCAA